AUGGAUUUCGGGCACGACCCUGGUCCUGAGGGCGCUCCGCAGUUCGGCGGAGGCUUCGGCGGCGAUGCAUUUGGAGGAUUCGCCGAUGCAGAGGGAGGAGGAUUUUUCACUGGCGGCGGCCCCACGGGGCCGAUGUUUGGAACCGGCGACUUUGACGGCGGCGGGUUUCUGAUGCACGCGGGCGCCGGCGCGACGCAGCAAGGGGCGAUGGUCGGUCACCAGCAAAACACCUUCAUGCCUGUCAAAAUAGGUGCGGUUAUGAACGCGUUCGCAGAGAACCCGAACGAGUCGACGGUCUCGCUGGCGCCCGCGCCCGCGCCGCCGCUGCAUCUGCUGCGCAUCAUCGGGCGCGUUUCGCGAGUCGCAGGCGUGUGUGCCGAAGCAGACGCACUGCCGGGCAGGGCCGCAGUCCCCAUCGACUUCUCUGCUGGGCGCGCGAGCUUCGAACUCGAAGACGGCACAGGUGUCGUGGAGUGCGAGUGGCUCCUCGGCGACGACAUCACCCCGUACAAACAGAGACUUGUGGAGUCUGCGCUGCAGCUGAACAACUACGUGCGCGUGUAUGGACACCUGUCGACGCUCGGGCAAGCUGUGCCGAUGCUGCGCGUCCACGCGGUCAGACCGGUGCCCUCCGCAGGUGACCUGUUGUUUCACGAGGCAGACUGCUGCAGCGCCUACGUGAAAAUCAAAUUCUUCGGACAGGCGCUGCCUGACCCCCUCGAGUCCCCCGUUCCCCGGCCCGUGCGGGGGCCGCCUGCCCCGCAAGGGCCUUCUGCGGGGCCGAAGCCUUCGUUCGCGUCCUCGCUCUCUUCGCCUGCGCGGGCACCUCAGGGCUACGGCGGCAGAGGCGACGGUGAGUGGAGCAAACAGUGA